AUGAGUCCUUACGCAACCCUAGUGGAAAAUUUAAAUGCUGAAAGUAUUCUGGAUAAAUUUCCAGAGGUGAUUCCGCUCCAGAAACGGCCAAACACCGCCUCCAGCGAGGGCAGUGGUAAUGAGAAAGGUGACCUCGUGUUCGAUGGCCACGACGAAGAACAAAUUCGCCUUAUGAAUGAAAACUGCAUUGUGCUCGACUGGGAUGACAGCGCCGUCGGUGCUGGCACCAAGAAACUGUGCCAUCUCAUGACCAAUAUCGACCAAGGGUUGUUGCACCGUGCAUUUUCUGUGUUUCUGUUCAAUGCGGAAGGCCAGUUGUUGUUGCAACAAAGAGCGUCUGAGAAAAUUACGUUUCCCGACUUGUGGACCAAUACUUGCUGCUCCCACCCGCUCUGCGUGGAUGACGAACUAGGUCUAUCGGGCUCGUUAGAUUCCAAAGUCCGUGGUGCCCAAACCGCCGCGGUUCGCAAAUUGGACCACGAACUCGGGAUCCCCAUGGAAGAGAGCCGAACUAGGUGCGAUUUUGAUUUCCUCAAUAGAAUUCACUAUAAGGCGCCCAGCAACGGGCCUUGGGGCGAACACGAAAUCGACUACAUUUUCUUCUGCCAGUUGCAGCCAAAACAGUCUUUAACCGUCGAGCCAAACCCUAAUGAGGUUCGUGAUUUCAAGUGGGUCAAUGCGGCUGAGUUGAAAGCCAUGUUUCAGGAUUCUUCGUAUAAAUUUACGCCUUGGUUCAAACUAAUCUGCGACAGCUAUUUGUUCCAAUGGUGGGAGCAGCUAUCUGACUUAUCAAAGGUCAAAAAUGAUUCCAAAAUUCACAGAUUGUUGUAA